AUGGCCCAACAAGCGCAGCGCAUGGGCGCGCGAUUCCUACAUCAGCUUACGAAUCUGGGCGGGGGUAGCGGCAAUACGUCGCAGGACAUGUCCACGCACUCGACAGGCAGCAACACGUCGCCUGUCAAGAACCAGCUUGCGUCGUUGUUCCAAAAGGGCCCACCUGCGCCGUCGCCGGACAUUUCUCUGCCCGCACGCAAGCCGGGCACGUCGUAUGAUGGCGUGGGCGACGACGCGUCCAUGCGAUUCGGCGAGGCAUUCAGCGAUGGCAUGGCGCCCCAUGCAGCGUACCAGCAGCGACCCCUGGCGGGUGGCGCGACCGAUUCGAUGCCGUCUGUGAACGCACCGUCCAUGUACCAGCCAGCGUUCCAGGGCUACCAUCCUCCGUCAGCCCCGUACCAGGACAUGCGCGGCUACGGCAUGCCGGAUGCGAAUGCCAACAUGGUGUAUGCGAUGCCCGAGCAGCCGAUGGCCGCCGCGUCGGCACCCACGAUGCCCGCAACGCACCCGCCAGCACCUGUGCCGCCGGCAGCGCGUGAUACCAGUUUGGAUGAUAGUGGCAUGGCCCUUCGGCAGGGCCAGCCGUGGACGAACACCUCGCCGACCAAGCGCAUGGACCCGUCCGAGAUUGACCAUCUAUCGCGCAUCUACUAUAUGAGCCUCUUGCAGUUCUUUCGCUCGCAGGCCGUGCGCUCGUCGCUCUUGACGCCGUCACGUACGAAUGCGCGUGAGAAGCUGACGCGCCUGAACAAGCAGCAGUUUGCGGAGCUGUCCACGGAUGUGCACGAUGAGCUGCAGCGACGGCAGGACGAGAGUCAGAGCCAGCCGUACCUGCAGGGCCGCCAUGAGUUCCAUCCCAAGCGCAACCAGGCGCGUCAGAAGCUCGCGACGCUGCCCAAGAACCGCUUCCGUGACCUGGCGUCGGACGUGUUCUUUGAGCUGGAGCGGCGGUACCCGGAGCUGCCUCAGGAUCUGCGCCACGAGUCUCUCGAAGAGCUCAUGGGUCCUCGCGAGGGCCAGGCGCCUGAAGGUAUGCCGCCAGCUCCCGACGUCCCUGGCCCGAGCGUCGUCCAGGGCGGUCAGGACGUGGUGGCUCCCGCCGCGGACGUGCGCGAGGCAUCGGGAGGCACAUCGCCGACGGGACAAGCCUUGUCGCCCGGCCCGUAUGGCCCGCAGCCGGUGCCGGUGCCAGUGUCCGUCGAGCCGAGAAUGCGGUCGACGGAGCCUACGGCCUCGCGUAUGAGCUCGGCGGUGGCGCAGCAGCAGCUCGCUGAUCUGAUGGCGGACGCUCAGCAAAUGUCCAGUGCACAAAUGUUUGCACCGACGCGUGUGUCGGUCGCGGAGGAGCCCGCGGAGCCAGCGCAGCCCGGGACCGAGCCGCGCAGCGUCGACGGCGGUGCCGCUGCUGGCGCCGUGCUUGCCACGCCGGGUGGUGUGGCGGCAGCCGCUUCGCAGCGGGGUGCGCUGAUGGACCCUGCGGAGGUGCAAGCGAGCCGCGACCGGGUGGAUCUGCUGCAGAAGCAGGUGCAGCUGCUGGAGGAGCAGGAACGUGCUCUGCGAGCCCAGGGCGCUGAGCGGGACCGAGCGCUGGAAGAGCUGCGCUCGCAAAAUGCGCAGCUGCAGGAGCGUCUGGCGACGCUACAGCAGCACGUGUCUGAGCACGAGCGGACGGCGGCCGAGCUGCGGUCCGAGCACGACAGGCACCUGCUGGUGCUGAGUGACAAGGAGGCGGAGCUGCGUUCUGAGCGCGACAGGCACCGUGUUGUGAUGGAUGACAAGGAGGCCGAGCUGCUGCAGCACCGUGCGAAUCUGGACGCGCUGCGUGCGCAGUACAAUGACCUGAAUCUCGUGCACGCGGCGCGGAGCAGGGACGUCGAGGCUGAGGCGCAGUGGAAGCGGCAGCUGGAGGACAUGCAGCGCGAGACGCUGGAGCAGCAGAACAUGGUGCAGGGCCUGCGGAGCGAGGUGGCCACGCUGCUGGAGGAGCUGCGGCGACUGAGUGCGCGCAACGAUGCGAUGACGACGGACAAGGAGUCGGAUGUGGCGAUCAUCCGCGACUUGCACAUGCAGAUGUCGGCGUACAAGCGGCGAUACGAGGGGACGAAGGCCGAGCUGCGUAUCGCGCAGUCGGCGUCGCAGGUCUGGGCGCAGCCCCACGUCGACGAGUGGAAGUAUGUGUCGCCGACGGGCGCCGUGGCCGACACGAACCUCAAGUCGUUCCAGACAUCGAUUGAUGAGCUGCUGACCACCGCACGCUCAGCCGCGCCGUCGAAUGUGCUGAUUGCGAUGAAGACGGUCGUGCUCUCGACGACGCUCGUGACAGAUGACAUUGCCAAGUACGAGUCGCAGCCUGAGAACGAGCUCGGGGCUCUGUCCGCGCAGCAGCGCGAGGACGUCGAGACGCUCAAGACGUCGAUCUCAGAUGCCCUCACGAACCUCAUGAACGCAUGCCGCAACCACGCGUCGUCGCAGGGCCUCGCGCCGGUGAGCCUGAUUGAUGCCGCCGCGACGCACGUGGCGAUAGCCGUGGUCGAAGUCGUCAAGCUGCUCAAGCUGCGCCGUGUGCCGCGCCCAAGCGAGGACGACUUUAGCUUCGAAAGCACGAACGAUGCCACGGCGCUCAGCAGCCCGCCCAGCGGUCUCAAGCCGCUGCAUACCCGCAGCGCCUUGUCGCCGCCCGCCCACUCGGCCCCGCCGCUGCCGCCGUCGAGCCGCCGUCCCAGCGCGACGGCCCACGCCAGCCCCGUGUCGCUGCGCUCGCUGUCGUACUCGCACUCGAAUCUCGAGGCGCGCAUGCGCUCGAUGGACAUGAAGGCUGGUCUCGUGCGCUCGCCACCGCCGCCGCCGCCGGCCGAGCCAGCAUCCACGACCCCGGCUGCCGCGGGCGGCAGCACGGCACGGACCAUGGAUGUGGAGGAGCCACAGGAGGCAGCGGCCGAGCAGGGCGUGGACGCGAGCCGCGAGGACGACGAGCUGGAGAACUGGGGUGAGCUGCGCAACUACAUCGAGGUGCAGACAGAGGCGAUUGUGCACUCGAUCCAGUCGUUGUUGUCGGCGCUGCGCGAGGGCGCACAGGGCGUACAACUGAACGAGAACCUGACGCAGAUCACGACGAUUGUGUCGUCGAUCGUCGCCAUUUCGCGCGACCACCUGCCGAACGCGGGCACGCCCAAGCAGGAAUCGAUUUCGACGGAGGCCGAGCGCAUCUUUGCCGAGCUCACGGAGAACUGUGACCGCCUGAGCGAUAUGCAGUCGAACACGACCUUCGACCGCACGGCCAAGAGCAUCAUGGCCAGUGCAUCGUACGGCGUGGCCAAAGGACUCAAGGCGCUCAAUGAGCUCCUCAACGCGGCCGAUGAGGUGCCUGACGCAUCACGUGGGUGA